AUGCAAGAUUCUAUAAGAUUCUGCGCUAUUCUACCUGACUAUGCAAUUCUAGAAUUUUAUGAAGUUCAAUUAUUUUUCAUGAAAUCUACUCUUUCUCUUGAUGAAAUUCUUAAAGAUGAAAUCUAUUGUCAAAUUGUUAAACAAUUGACUGAUAAUGGUAAUCAAGCAAGUGAAUCUCGUGGUUGGGAAUUAAUGUGGUUAGCAAGUGGAUGUUUUGCACCAAGUGCUGUUUUACUUAAAGAAGUUAAUCUAUUUCUACGAUCACGUAAACAUCAAUUAGCUGCUGAUUGUUUUGCACGUUUACAACGAAUAUUAAAAAAUGGUCAACGUAAACAUCCUCCACAUCAAGUUGAAGUUGAAGCCAUUCAACAUAUGACAACACAAAUUUAUCAUAAAGUCUACUUUCCAGAUGAUACAUCUGAAGCAUUUGAAGUUGAUUCAUCAACACGUGCAAAAGAUUUUUGUCGAAAUAUAGCUGAUAGACUUAAAUUACAAUCCAGUGAAGGUUUUAGUUUAUUUGUUAAAAUCCUUGAUAAAGUUAUUAGUGUACCAGAAGGAGAUUUUUUCUUUGAUUUUGUUCGACAUUUAACUGAAUGGAUUAAAAAAACAAAACAACGUGAAGAUCCACCAAAAUAUACUUAUCAAAUAUUUUUCAUGAGAAAAUUAUGGACAAAUGCUGUACCAGGAAAAGAUAGAAUGGCUGAUAUUAUAUUUCAUUAUCAUCAAGAACUUCCUAAAUUAAUUCGUGGUUAUCAUAAAUGUUCAAUCGAUGAAGCUGUUCAAUUAGCCGCUUGUAUAUAUCGUGUUCGAUUCGGUGAUAAUACAGCUCAAUUUGAAAAUAUUCAAUUAAAAGAUUUUCUUCCAUCUGAUCUUGUUGAUAAACUUCCAUAUGCUGAAUGGAAAAAGCGUAUUACGACAACUCAUGGACAAUCACGUAAUCUAUCAUCAGAAGAUGCUAAAAUAAAAUUUCUUAAAAUUGUUUAUCAAUGGGCAACAUUUGGUUCAGCAUUUUUUGAAGUGAAACAAACAUCUGAUCCAUCAUUUCCUGAACAGUUAUUAAUUGCAAUUAAUAAAAAUGGUGUUAAUUUAAUUCAUCCAAAAACAAAAGAUCUACUUAUUACAUAUCCAUUUACAAGUAUUUCAAAUUGGUCAAGUGGAAAUACUUAUUUUAAUAUGACUGUGGGUGAUAUUGUUCGCGGUACACGUUUAUUGUGUGAAUCACCAUUAGUAAGUUUUCUUUGUUCAAUUAAAAAAAAUUUUUUCAAAAUUGAAUGUGCGAAUUUAAGGGUUAUAAAAUGGAUGAUCUUCUUACAUCUUACAUUAGCUUAAUGGUUCAAACAAUGCAUCGUCAAUCGACAAAUGCAUCGAUUUCGCGACAAUAAAAAAUGUUUUGUUUUUUUCAUUUACUUUUAUUUUAUUUUAUUUUUCGUUUGUUGUUUGUUUUACUCUUGUUGUGCAUCUAAUUCGACGUUUUUUCUUUUUCAAUUUGAUGAUCAUAACUUAUAUAUACACUCUAUAUACAUUCUCAAUGACAAUGAUUCUGUUUUUGCUUGUUUUGUUUUUGUUUUUUUUUGUUUGCAUGACACAGUUUUACUUAUGUGUGUCAUAUGUAAGUGAAAAAAAAUUAUUAAUAGAUCAUCUUUUUUUUUUCACCAAGUAAUAACUUUCAAUCCACAUUUUAUUGGAAAACUCAGGUUAAUGUUAAUAUCGUAAUUUAUUCUUUUUUGUUAAACGCUUAAUCAAAUACGCUUUGAAAAAGAUAUUUGAAUUUUGCAAGGCCGAAAAGUCUCUAUUAAACAUUGAAGAACAAUCUUAAAAUCUACACUUUCUAUUUCUAAAAUGUCUCUAUAAUUUCUUCACUUUUCUGAUUUUUUCAUUUGAGAAGAAUAUUAUUUAGACUGUCUUUUAUGGAAUAUCAGUGUUUCAGUAUAUACUCCGUUUCAUGCCGUUUGUGAGUGUUUAAUUCAUAAAAAUAUACUGAGGAGUAGAAGAGUUGAACCACUUGAUAUGAUAUCCAACAGAAAAGUCAAAACCCGACAAAGUAUAAUGAAAAAAUUGUUAGAGCAAAAGAAAAAAGAAAGAAACAAAAAGAAAGAAAAAAAGAGCAAGAGAUAGAUAUACGGAGCAGUGUUAUCUCAACGGAGCCAUAAAAGAUAACAAAUAGAUCUCGAUAAUAUAUAGAGUGUUCAGGAAUUCACUAGACAAAGUAAAACUUGAAUAUCUUCAUUACCCAUCAACUAAAUAAGCCAAUUUUUGUUCUAAGAGUGGAGGAUAGACUGAAGCUUUUAUUCAUAAAGAACCAGCCUAUUCAUACACAUAAAACCCAUAGACUUCUGUUUACUAUACUACUACACAACACACAAACGUUUGUUGCUCAUGGCUAUAGUCUGAUAUUGUAGGAUAUUCUUUUAUUUAUUUAUCAAGCCAUAUAGCCGCUUGACACACGCACCCACACACUAAGCCCCAGACUUUAAUAUUUUUGAAAUAUACAUCAGCUACACUGCUUGAUAAAUAAAUAAAAGAAUAUCCUUCAAUAUCAGACUAUAGCCAUGAGCAAUAAAUAUUUGUGCGUUGGAUAGUAGUAUAGUAAACAGAAGUCUACGAGUUUUAUGUGUAUGAAUAGACUUUCUUUAUGAAUAAACACUUCAAUCUAUCCUCCACUCUCAGAACAAAAAUUGGCUCAUUUAGUUGAUGGAUGAUGAAGAUAUUCAAGUUUUACUUUGUCUAGUGAAUUUCUGGACACUAUAUAUAUACAUCAAAUAUCAAACGACAAAGAUAAGAAUCGAAGUGAAUAAUAAGAGUUACGACUACAAUGAAUAAGGUAGUACUGAAUAUUUUUUGUUUCAACGAAUAACAAUAAACGUCUAUUUUUAGGUUUUAUGUUCUGUUGCUGUACUUGUGACAACUAUUGCGUUAGGCAUAGGCGUUGUCAUCGUAGUUGGUCAUUUUGCAAUAAAUAAAAAGUAGACUCUUGUUACCUGGAAGUAUGAUCAUCUUACACGACAGGCAGAUCCAUAGAAUUACAAAUUGUCUAUUGAUUCUAUUCAAGCAGCCAAUACUGAAGAAAACGUCAGAUAAACUUAAUUACACUUUCAUUUCAACAAAAAUUAAAAUCUAAAAUUUAUAAUCAUCUUGAAAUCUCACUUCACAUCCACAUAUGACUGCUCUACCUGAAGAUUUAGCUAGUACUGAAUUCCUCGAACAAAAGUGGAAAAUGAUGAUCUUGAAGUUACCAAACCUAAAUACAAUGUUCUUCUCUCUUAUUCACAAGAUGAUAAUCCUAAUUGGUUAUCGUAACAAAAUAAUUUAUUCAUUAUUAUUCAGAGUCACUCUCAUAAGUGGUGAUCGAACUGUUAUCAUUCAAACAAAUGGUACUGAACAAGUCUACGAUCUAUCAGAAAACAAAAGUUCAUCGGUUUCUUGCUUUUACAUCUAAUGGUACUGUUUCUAGUGUAAGAGGAAGAUAAAUGUCAUCAAUGGAUUUAAUGUUCAAGAGAGAAUUAAUAUUUGUUAAAAUAGACAUUUUUAAUCGUUUUCGUUUUCUUUUUGUCAUAUAACUAUCAUAACGAAACGUUUUUUCAAAUCAGUAUUGCCAAUGAGAUUGUAGAAAAGCGAAAGAAGCAAUUUGUUACAGAAAUUACACUCAAAAAGUUUAUUUUAUUUAUGACUGUUAUUAUUAUUAACGCAUCUGAAUAUUAAAAAUAAAACACAAUCGUUUUCUGCACACCUAAGACAAUGAAAGGAGAUUAUUAUAUGUGCUUUUGUUCCAGUGUAACAGAGAUAGAAAAUAUUUUCUUUCUUAUUAUAAUGAUUUUAUUUUUAUUGAUCAGCAUUAUUCAGAUAUAUAUAACUUUCGCAAAAGUAGUACUUCCAUUUGUUGAAAGAAUUUAUAACAAAAUAUUUAUAAUAAAGGAAAAUAAUGAUGAAAAUUUUCUGGACGAACAAACGGCUCAGCAAUAUCAAGAUUUCUCAACAUAGCAAAAUUGAAACGGGUGGGUGUGGGUGCUCAAGUGCCCUUUAUCGAAUGGCAUAUGAACGAACAGUUUUCAUUGUUAUUGAAGCGCUUAAAAAAACGACUUUGGAGAUCCCCUACACAAAAAAUCACAUUUUGCAGCGCUUUCUUGUAGUAAAUGAGCUAUACUAUUAUAGUUAUUUCAUCUUCAAAAUAUGUUGUAUGGGUCAGGAAUGCAUCAUCCUAGUCACUUUGCAAGUGAUUUAAUUGGUAGCUAUGGAUGAAAAAAUAAAAACCACAAAGUAUCGAAAAAAUGUCGUAUUACAUUGUUGCGUGUUUUUCUGGAAAAUUUAUUUUUUUAGAGAAAAAUUGAAGUUUUCCCCCCUUUUCCCCUAGACGUUUCGACCGAUUGAUCUGAAAUUUUUUGUGUAACAACUAGGAUCGAAUUGGGGUGUAUGCAAGGGGGAAAAGGCGAUACUCCAUCUACUCCAAAAAAAAAUUUGGAGUAGAGCGGAGUACGACUGGAGUAGAGUGGAGUAUCACUGGAGUAGGGUGGAGUAUCACUGGAGUACGACUGGAGUAGAGUGGAGUAUCACUGGAGUACAAGUGGAGUAUAGGGAUGCAACGGUGACGAUCAUUCACCGCUUAACCGUCACCGUUUCACCGGUCCAAACUGAUAACCGUAGGUCCGGUUCCCGGUCUAACUAUGAUAACCGUCC